UCUUGAUGAUAUGCCAAAGGGGUGUGUGUCGAGCGAUCAUGCACACGCUUUCGUUUUCUCAUGAGAAAACGAACUUAUUUCCUCUUCCGCAACCUAUUCUGAUAAAGAGUGGCAAAGAGACAUAGGAAGGCAAACAUUAUUCCAACAAAACACGAUAUUUCCAGUAUCCGCCACACAAUGAUGUCUUGAUGAUGGGAGCUUCUGGACUAAAGAUUGGACAGCCUUGUCCAACCACCUUGGUACAUUUAGUUUGGCAGUUUUUUAUUGCAGGUACUAUUGUAUCAGCAAAUUGUCCCCCGAAUGAAUACCGACAUGGAAUUGAAUGUUGCCCUGAAUGUCCAUCUGGAAACCGUGUGUCCGAGGACUGUAGAGAGAAUAAAAUUACUGCCUGUGAGCUGUGCAGUGAAGGUACUUUCCACAAUGGCUAUAAUAAGCGUAAAGAAUGUGAUCCCUGUACAGACUGUCCUCCAGGUCUAGGUUUGAAGGUUAAGAAGCUGUGUACAAAGACAUCAGAUACUCUGUGUGAGCUACUGGAUGGAUACUUCUGUCAGGAGACCAAGAGGGGUGGAUGUAUGGCAGCACAGAGACACAAGGAUUGCAGUCCUGGUCAAUACAUCAGACAAAGAGGAAUGGCAUCUGAAGACACAUUGUGCAUCAAAUGCAUUGAUGGAACAUUCUCAGAUGGCAACUCAACUUCUUGUCUGCCUCACACAAGAUGUGGUGAGGGACAGCAGCAGAUAAAACCAGGAACACAAUCAACUGAUUCUGAAUGUGGAGAACCUUCAAAAGCAUUAUUAUGGCUCAGCUCAAUACCAAUCGUCUUAAUACCAGUGUUCAUUGUCAUGCUUUGUGUUUGUUACAGAAAAAAAAAAAAAGCAUGGAGUGCAACUGCUCAAAGAUUGAUGGAAAGGUUGAAACCUACUUUGAAAGAGGUCCCCAACAGAGAUGAACAACAGACUUCUCAAUGAAUGACCGUUUGAUCUUUUAACGUUUUCAGCAGGAGUUCUCAACCACGGGCCCGCGGAGCAUUGGCCAACGCGCCACAGGGAUUAACACCGCACCAAAUCAUCUGACCACAUCACCCCCGUCCUCAUCCAACUUCACUGGCUCCCAGUACACUACCGCAUCCAAUACAAAACCCUACUCCUCACCUACAAAGCUCUCCACAACCUAGCCCCCAGUUACCUCUGCGACCUCCUCCAAGAAUACACUCCCUCCCGCUCCCUCCGCUCAACCUCUGCUGGACUACUAUGUAUCCCCACAUCACGACUCAUUACAAUGGGUGCCUGGUCAUUCAGCUGUUCAGCACCCAGGCUCUGGAACUCCCUCCCCCCACACAUAAAACAGUCAGACACCAUUACAACCUUCAAAUCCCAACGCAAAACUCACCUGUUCAAACUCGCACACAACGUCUAACUGAUCACUGUCUUGAUUGUUUGUUUGUUUUGUCUUGUUUUUGUUUUAUUUUAUUUUUUUAAUAUUUUUUCCACAACGUCUUGUUUUUAAACGAUUUAUGAUGACUUUAUGCUCUGUAAGGUGACCUUGGGUGCCUUGAAAGGCGCCUAUAAAUUAAAUGUAUUAUUAUUAUUUAUUACUAAGACAAAGCCUCAGUCAUUAAAAGCUUGAAGAACUCGGGUCUAAUUGACGUCCAUUGAGCCUGCUAGUGCAUGAGACGUCUCUCCCGCUCUAGCGCUAGAUAAUUUAGAUACCUUGGUUGGGCCUAACGCCGUGGAUUUUUCCUCCAGCAUCUCCAGCAUCUCACACGUUUUUUUGUUUUGAGCCAACUACAAUGUUUAAUGUGAGUUCAAUGUUUAGUUCUUCAUUAAUGUGUGCUACUGUUACAGCGUUACUAUUGAUUGUUGAAGUUUGUCAAAUUUAUAUAAUAAUUUUAUUUUGAAAGUAAGUAAUUUUCUUUAUUUUUUUCUCUGUUUUUAUCUUUGCAAUGCUUUUUAUUAGUUAGAUUUGCUCCUUCCUGCGUCUGGUGGUGGUAAUUAUAUUGACCCGGAGUCGUCGGCUCGUUCCUUUUUUUUGAUGGUUUGUGUGAACACAGAAAGGUUCCAGAUGUUGAACCCCAUUCGCUAAGGUUGAAUAUGAGCUGUGUGACCAUUGUCUAUUUACUUUCACGUUGACACAUUUUGGGCGUUUGCGCUACCCGUACCUUAGAGCUAGACCAUCUCUGCUGGAGGUAAGCAGGUUUUUUGCAAGUAGAUUGGCAAACGCAGAGCUUGCGUGUUGCUGACGGAUGUCACAAUCUCUGUGUUCGUCAAUCUACCUAUCGACUCUCAAAAACAAAAUGGCGUAGACGGGUGGUCUACUGAUGAUAUUGUGUGUAUAAAAUGUCAUUUUUAAUAAAAAAUCUGUACACUUACAAAGUU